AUGGCUACCAUCUCAGCACCGCAGACCCCGAACCUGAACGGGGCGCAGAUGGUCGACCCUACCCGGCCAGGCGAAUAUCCUAUACUCCUGGGGGACAAGCUGGCGGGGAGGGAUAAUGCACGAAGCCGCCAGUUUGUGAAUGUGACAUACAACUACAAGAGCAAGGGCAACACACCGCAACAGAAGACGACCAUCUACCCGGCCGGAGCCCCAGACCGGUACAAGUUGACGAUACAGAGCAAGGCAGGCAAUGCAGAGCAGACAGACCUGACCUAUGUCUACAGCGGUGGCGUCGAGCCUGAAUCGUCAUCGUCGACCGCUUCAAAGUCCGAGACCAGCAACUUGGUCCUGAUAUUUGACCCAAAACGCAAGGCGUUCAUCCUUGAACCGGUGUCGACCAGAUUGAACUUCAACCUGAAAUCGGCGCCGGGGAAGACGGACCGACAGGUUUCGGAGCAAUACCCCCAAUUGAGCACUUCUUUUUCCAACAACGAUCAGGCUGCGGGAGAUAAACAGGGGGAGAACGAGAGCGAAGAAGAGGAUGUAGGACCAGCGGAUGAAGAGAAUCCUUAUGACUACAGACACUUUCUGCCCAAGAAGAAGGCGGAGCAGAGCAGCGGUAGCGGUGCCGGCAGCAAACAGAAUGCCGUGGAAGCCAGCUCAGCGCCCGGCACUCCAGAUCCUCACCAGGCCGCGAGCAGCAGCAGACCUGCAGCACCCCGAUCAGUGCCGGCAGCACAAGUACCAGCAGCAGCUCCUGCAGCUGCCAAAGCAAAACCAAAGCCCAAGCCGAAACCUGCACCAAAGAGUAAAGCCAACCCGCUCCGUCCUCCGAAACAGCGGAAUCCCAAGGCUGCGUCGUCCGCUGCUACUACAACCACUACCACCGCCUCCACCACCACCACUACUACUACUAGCAGCGCCAACACCAGCAGCGGGAAUGCGAAUAAUGCUUCUACAAAGGCCAGGGAGCCGGAGGAACCAGCUGCACCACCCGUUGUUGCUCUUGCACUCCCGCCCAAGCCAGAGCUGGUUGAGGACACCAUCAUUCCAUCUGUAGAGACGCCCGAUCUGGUGGGAACCUACUCUGCUUCUGAUGAUGAGCCCAAGAGGCUGGCCGGGUCACCUGGCAGCAACAUCAUCGUGGAUGGGGAUCUGAUCAUCGACAUGGGUUCCCCACCACCGCAACGGCCGGCGUUCAAGAUCGACCCUAGCCAUUUUGCAUCCAACAACACCUCGGCCAACGAGGCAGGCUACAAUAGCGAUGAUGAGGAAGAUGUAGAAGAGCCCCGACCGUCGUUCUUUGGCAGACGGCCAGUGCAGGAAGAGGAGGAGGAGGAAGAGGAAGAAGACGAAGACAAAGACGAGGCGAUGGAAGAUGCCCAGGCUGCGGAUCAUGCGGACGGAGACGAGGAGCCGGCGGACUUUGAAGACGAUCUAGUGGCCGAGAUGGAGGCGGCGCUUGAAGAGAGUGCCAGGGAGGAGGAGGCAAGACUGGCGAUGGAGCAGCAACAGCAGCAGCAGCAGCAGCAUCGGUACGCCAACCAUGUCGAGAGUGAAGACGAGAGUGAAGUCAGCGAAGAAGAGUGA